CUUUUCUCGCCCGGUGACGUCAUGGUUCUUGUUCCGAAUGUCGCGAGCUCGCUCAGGGGCCGAGGCCGCGCGCUGGGUUGGAUUCAACUUGUAGAAAUCUGAAGUCCAAGGUCGUUGACAGUCCUCGGUUUGUCCAAAUUCAGGAAAAUCCUCUCCCAUUCCCCUUGCCCCCUCUGUCAGAGCAUGGCUCAGGAGACCAAUCAGACGCAAGUGCCAAUGCUUUGUACUAUGGGAUGUGGUUUCUACGGUAACCCCCGCACCAAUGGCAUGUGCUCUGUCUGCUACAAGGAACAUCUGCAGAGACAACAGGGAGGAGGGCGAUCCAGCCCCCCAGCAGAGAAAGCGGCCACAUCACCCUCAAGAGCAGCUGCUGUUACUGUGGAGGGGACAAGCUCAGAGCUCAAUACAGAUGUACAAGCAUCUCCACCCGAGGAACAAACCAGCAGUCCUAGUUCUCCGAGCCCAGUAACUCAGCAGAUGACAACAAUGAGCAUUUCCCAAGAGUCCGGAGCUGUAGAAGCAGAUCAAGCAGAAACAGAGGAGGGGGACGAUGAAGAUACUUCCAACAGCACAGAACCAGCCAGUGAAGCAGCACAAGCUUCUUCAGAUGGUGAACAAACUCCUGACAAAAACAAGAAGAAGAACCGCUGCUUCUCCUGCAGAAAAAAAGUGGGCCUUACCGGUUUCGACUGUCGCUGUGGCAACCUGUUCUGCGCCAUCCACCGUUACUCCGACAAACACGACUGUCCCUACGAUUACCGGAGUGCGGCCGCCGCACGCAUACGCAAAGAGAACCCCAUCGUGGUGGCCGAGAAAAUUCAGAAGUUAUGAGGACAAAAGUCUCAAUAAAAGUCUCCCGGAGUUGAACAAUGGCGACCUGGACGGAAAAAAACACCUGAAAUCAUGACUUUGUGUGUGGAUGCGAGUUAAAGGUGGGUGGGGCGGGUGAAUGUGGCUGCAGCCACAUGCCGGACGUUUCUCCUACUAGCAUUACCCUCUCUCCGCUAGUGACUUCAGCUGAGCCCGAGUGCUUCUCGUAUGCCUGUGUUUAUAUGAAAGUGUGUGUGUGUGUGUGUGUGUGUGUGCACGUUAGCUUGGGGGGGGGGGUUGAUGGACACUUGUGAUGCUGUGGGUUGGAGGAAUUUUUUUCUUUUAACCCUCUUCCCUCCUCUUGUGUCUCAACUUUGAGGCUUUGUGUACAUUCAAUUUAUACAAUCCCUGCAUAAAGAUAGAAGGAAAUAUUUGCUGAGGACUGUGACUGAAUGCAAACAGAGGAGAACUCAGGAGGUCUCUUGAAUUUUAAUGAAACUUUUUCAGCAAGACCUUCAAGUGUUUAGGGAUAUACGAAGAUGGAUGGAGAAAAUGAUGUCAACUUCUUUGUGAAUUGCCCCCCCCCCCCCCCCCCCCCCCCCCAACCACUUGAGGAUCUGAUCUGCACGUCAAGCCCAAAAGACUCAGCAUUUUACAGACGUGUCUCUUUAUAUAGAUAUAGAAUGGGGAGGGAAAGGUCGGGGCGAAUCCAGAAAUCGACUUGGAUGAGUAAUUGAGUUCUUUUUUUUUUUUUUUUUUUUGAGUGUGACAUCAGAUGAUCUAUAUUAAUAUAUUGUGGUUAGCUUGAAUUGUGUGAUUGCAUUUUAUUUAUUUUUAUCCUUGUGGAGGAUUGGCAGCAAAUCAUCGAGAUUUGCACGUUUUAGUUCAUAUUUAGAAAAACCGUCUUCAUCAUGCGACCACACAAGAAGAAAACGGAGGAGGCCGGACUUGGUGGAGCCAAAUUCUGAAUGUUGUGCAUCAGGUUCCUUCGUUUGGACGUCGGUCACACAGAAGUCUGCCGGACGUUCCGGUCACGCGCCUACUUGGUUUGGUUCAGCAUCUGGGUUGUCUGAGCCGUUGAACGAGCUCACAGAGAACAUUUGCCUUCUUCAUUUGAUGCAACGUUCUGGCUAAAGAAGGGCGCCGUGAUCUCCUGUACGAUUCUUUCUAACCACCAGCAGACCACUGACACAUGCUGAAUGAAAACUGACCGGGGUUGCUGGGACUUAUGGGUUCAACCACAACAAAGAUUGUUGCCGUGCUGCAAAGCGGCGUGCCGUGCUGGGCGUCAGAGGUCCACCGCUACCUCUCGCUGGCUCCAGCUGAGAGCGUCUGACCUGCAUGAGUGGAACCUGUCAGACCAACAGAGCUGGAGCCUUCAGGUUGGAGUGAACACGGCGCCACCCUCCCCUAAAAAGUGUAAAUAACAUCUAAAGAGAAAUGUUUGCCAAGUAAUCAAAGAGUGGGGGGUAUGAGGUAAAGAGAAGUUGAAAGUAUUUAAGUGCUUUUCAUAAUUUUCAAAGAAGGGGGGGCAUGAAUAUGUACUCUGCUCGUUCUCCUUUUCCUGUUCCGUGUAAUAAGCAGCUGAAAGCCGUUGUCUCUGACGUGUCUCUGUGAAAACGCCUUUCACAAUAGUCUGAUUAACUUCCACGCAUUCUGUUCUCAUCUUUUCCCACCUUUUCCGUUGGAUGGGACGGAAAGGUUCGGGUUCUUCUUGUCCGAGUUCCCGUCUGGAUCUCACUGACGGCACACAACUGAUCUGCCGACACACCUCAGAUUCUGUGAGGGUGUAGCUGGAACUGAAUCAGGAGUUUUUCUCGACUCGUAUGAGGAACUGCAUUUAAAACGCAUAACUGGUUUUUUAUGGAAUCAUCUGGGCAGGAAACCCAAUUCGAACAUUUAUUUCCGAGAGUCGAAAAGUUAUAAGUAACCUCCUGACUACCAGAAAUGGAAAUGUGUUUUCUGUAGAGGACAUUUCUAAAACCUGAACAUCUCCCAACCACUGCAGACCCCUGAAUGAACUCCUUUUGGGAUCUAUUGGGACAAUUAGGGCUUUUCAGUGAUACCAAAUGUGAGGGGGCGGAGCUCUGGGAACUGUAGGUUAUGGUGGAUUUUUUUUUUUAAAAAAAGUUUUUUUUUAACUGGGCAGCAUUUUUCUUUAUUUCUGGUAGUCAGGAGGAAAUGUACGACAUCUUUAGGAGCUAACACGCUACAAAACCAACAAACAAGAUGCUUCCGGUGAAAGACGGUUAUCCACCCAAACACUAUGUUGAUCAAUACAAACUGAGGAAUUUUAACAGAGAAACUGUCACUUUUUUUGGAAGGUUUCUUAGAAUUUUGUAUAUCUGUCAACAAAACGCAUGAACCGUUAGUGUUGGUGGACAUCUGUGAGUAACUGGGAUGAUGAGGUGGUGCCUAAAGUGGAACCUGGUUGUCUCCUCUCCUGUAGUUAAGACAUAAAAACCUGUCUGGAGGCCAGAUAACGUGAAGGUCUGCAGAUCUGGAGAUGGGUUGAUGCUGCUUCAUUUAUCAUAGCAGACCUUUGCUUCACAGAUGAAGAACGGCCGUUGAGCUGAGUAAACCAGGCUUCCACAUAUCAUCCAUCCCACCAUUAACCUGCUUUUUCUUCUAAAAGUACGAAUGUAAACCUGCAGAAUUCUAAUAACGGGUCGCUUUUCGCUUUCUUCCUGCUUUUCGGCUCUUCUCCAGUAAAGGAUGGACGCUCACUUGUCUUUCAUGUUCUGAGGGACGGACACCCCUCGUGGUUAUGACUGUGUGUGACCAGUUAGGGCUAGCAUUCCAAUAAAAACAUCUAGUGACACCAGUAAAGACACAACUCUUCUUCUGUUGCAUUUAUUCCAUUUUCCGUUUCCACUAUACUCUUAGAAAAGUUUCUUUUAUGCAAAGGUUGUGGUUGAUGAUGAAUAACUUUAAUUAUUUUGAUGAUUGGUUGGAGUUUGUUUCACCGCAGAGAUUAAGACGGAUGAAGUUUUGUUUAUUCACGAUUAAGCUGUAAGGAAAUGUCAUGAAAAACCUUUUUUGAUGCAAUUGUCCCCUAAAACACCGCCAUUGUUUUACUUUUUUGGUUUCUUUUCAGAAAUAGGAUUGUAUGAUGUAUAAGAGUAAGUAUAAAACAAUAAAAUCACAAUUUAUUUUAA